CCGGCCAGGUCGCCGGAUAUCCGCCGAGUGACCCUUACAAGUCCUUCUUGGUCCUCAAGUGGAGUAGGUACCGUUGUUGCUCUUCGUGCCGAAUCCCGAACAGCGUCUGACAUGGGACUAGAGGACGAGCGAAAGAUGCUUACCGGCUCCGGAGACCCCAAAGAGGAAGAAGAGGAGGAAGAAUUAGUGGAUCCCCUAACAACCAUGAGAGAGCAGUGUGAGCAGUUGGAGAAGUGCGUCAAGGCCCGGGAGCGGCUAGAGCUCUGCGAUAAGCGCGUGUCUUCCCGGUCAGAGACAGAAGAGGACUGUACAGAGGAGCUCUUUGACUUCUUGCACGCACGGGACCACUGUGUGGCCCACAAACUCUUCAAAAGCUUGAAGUAAAUGUGCAGAUUCAUUCGCCUCAGCCUUGUCACUGGGAAUCAGGAACAGUUCCUGUGGUUUUGAACCAUUUGUUUCUAAUGUGUAUAGUACGUUCUUGAGAUUUUGGCAAGUGCUUCUCUUCUAUGUAAUUAGCAGUGAUUCCAUCUUAAUAAACUGAUCUUCAGA